AUGGGCGCCUUCGUGGUGACAGACUUAAGUAUUUUCAACACAUCUGCCAUCGUAAACUUCCCAAAAUCUCUCAAAACUUCUCAAAAAGAGUCUAAAGCAAGACAAGGUGCACUGGCCAAGACAGAUAAAGUUCUAGAUUUUAUGACGGAAUCUAAACAUGCUGGGGAAGAUGCAAAUGGCACUCUAGAAGGCAAACGUGCGAAACCCGAGUAUGACAAGCUCCUAUCGGACCCUAUGCUCAAAUUCUCCGGAUUGUACCAAGAUGGCUGCUCGGAUCUGUAUGUCACGUGUCAGGUGCUGAGUGAUGGAGUGCCAUUGGCCCUGCCUGUAACUACUUCUUAUAAGGCAUUUACUAAUAGAUGGAACUGGAAUGAAUGGGUCACAUUACCAGUAUACUACAGCGAUCUCCCGCGCAACGCGACUCUCGCGAUGACCAUCUAUGACUGCGCGGGGCCCGGCAAGGUCAUGGUUAUUGGGGGGACUACUAUCUCGUUGUUUGGGAAGCAUGGAAUGCUCAGGCAGGGUAUGUUCGACUUGCGAGUGUGGCCGGGUGUGGAAGGCAGUGAGAGAACGCCGGGGAAAGCGCCCGAUCGAGGCAAGGAGCAGAUGCAGCGACUGGCCAAGUUGGCGAAGAAACACCGCAAUGGACAUAUACCGAAGGUGGACUGGCUGGACCGUCUGACGUUCCGCGAGAUCGAGAUGAUAAACGAGAAAGAGAAGCGUAGUUCCAACUACAUGUACCUCAUGGUCGAGUUCCCCACGGUGCACAUAGACGGCAUCAAC